AUGAUGAUGUCUUGGUUAACAAUAUUCACUUGUUUUGCUUUUUUAUCAUCACUAAUUAUUGCCGAUGAUCCAUGUCGAUUUGAAUCUUCUACAAAAGGUGUCAUAGAUUUAACUUCUUUAGGUCGAACUGAUGGAAAAGCUGCAUAUCCUGAUAAAUUACCAACGACAGGAUCCGGCUAUAAAUAUAGUUAUAAUCCUUGUAAACCAUUUACUGAAAAACCUAGUUGUAAUGGAGUAGCUGUUUGUCAAGUUUCGAUGGAUGGAAAAUUUAGCUUUUCCCUUGGUACACAAGAGAGUGCAAGCUGGAAUCAAGGUGGUAUAGGAGGUGGUCCUUCGGUUACUUAUUCAGCUGGUGAAAAAACAGUCGUUGUUACAUUAGAAUGUGUAAGUGAUGGUACCAAUGAAUUAGAAGCUUUAGGUGAACCUACAACCAAUCACUAUAAACUUAAUUUAAAAAAUAAAUGUGCUUGUUGGGAUGAAUAUGUACCACCAGAAACAACAACGAAAUCAUCAGAAGGAGGUGGCGGCAGCAGUAGUCUUUCUGGAGGAGCUAUAUUUACCAUAAUUUUUCUUAUUCUUGUUUUUGAUUAUUUCACUGGAUUUGUCUUAUAG